GGGAUCGUUGAUCCGGAAUAUGUGAGGAAUGGAAAGCCAUACGAACGAGCGGGGACCGGUUAUUAUCAUCAGUCUCCGAAAUCGAAGCCCUAGAGCAGCGCGCCGUUUGCUAAUGAGGUCUGCCCUGUCCUGUUGCUCGAACAAGAACCCGUGCACUUUUUGGAUUGAUCGAUUUGAUUUGAUGAUGGUCUGUCUGUCUGUCGGUCGUUCGGUUAUAGACAACAAGACAAGUGAAUGCCAUCGAAUCGAAACAUAAAAAUAUACGCCGCCCGAGUUUCCUUUAGGGUCAUCUCGAUGUAUCCGAGUGAAGAAAAAUAGAUAACAUUUUAACAUUUAGAUAUGCACAGCUAAACUCUGCCGGUUUGUCUGUGUAUUUGUGUGCGUAUGAGCUGCGUGUGAAUGUACAUGUGUUGUAUUCGUUGUGUGGACAGACAGAAACACGCAUUCGAUAUUAUUUUUCGAGCAGAAGAAGAAGAAAGCCGCCGAGAUAAGUCGCGCAAAGUGUAUUCGAACAAAAAAACUUUUUUUUUUCGUUUCAAUCAGACUCGACAGAUUUCAAGUCGUCGAUACUAACAAACGCGCUCAAUCCAGGAGAUCAACGCUAGGAAAUUUUCGUAAAGUAUAGGAAACGCAGUGACGAUCGAACAGCCGUGAUGAUUUUCUUCUUGACCAGAUACGCCGGAGAAGUUGGACGUUUUGCCAAGAAUCUCGCCCAUCCGAAUGUUGGACUCUUCAACCAUUUGCGUGGAAUUAGCGUAGUCCACGGAAAUGUCCAAGACCUGUCACCGAAAGUGAGGUCUUACGUUGAGGCUAACAUCGAGCUCUGCCAACCGGACAACAUCCACAUCUGCGAUGGAAGCGACAACGAGAACAAACAGUUACUGAACUUGUUGCAGCAGCAGGGAACCAUUGUACCUCUGCCAAAAUACAAGAACUGUUGGUUGGCUAGAACUAAUCCCGCGGACACAGCUAGGGUCGAAUCAAAGACUUUCAUCUGCACUGAACGCAGAGCUGACACCAUUCCAACCACUAAAGAUGGAAUCAAGGGAACUUUGGGUAACUGGAUGUCUCCCAGGGACAUGGAUGCCGCUGUUCAGGAUCGUUUCAACGGUUGCAUGAAGGGUCGCACUAUGUAUGUGAUUCCGUACUCCAUGGGUCCAGUUGGAUCCCCACUGUCAAAGAUCGGUAUCGAACUUACCGAUUCUGCUUACGUCGUUUCUUCGAUGAGAGUGAUGACCAGAAUGGGCAAACCUGUUCUUGACAAAUUGGCACAGAGCGACGAGUUCGUUAAGUGCCUUCACUCUGUGGGCACCCCAGCUAACGGCACCGUCGAGAUGGCCAGCUGGCCCUGCGACCCUGAACGCACCAUCAUUCUCCACAAGCCACAGAACAACGAGAUCGUAUCCUACGGCAGUGGCUACGGAGGCAACUCGCUCUUGGGCAAGAAAUGCUUUGCUCUUCGCAUCGGUUCCACCAUCGCCAAAAGAGAGGGAUGGUUGGCCGAACACAUGCUUAUCCUUGGCAUCACCAACCCCAAGGGAGAGAAGCGCUAUAUCGCCGCAGCAUUCCCAUCUGCUUGUGGCAAGACCAAUUUGGCCAUGUUGAACCCAACACUUCCAGGUUACCAAAUCGAAUGCGUCGGCGACGACAUCGCCUGGAUGCGCUUCGACGAUAAGGGACAAUUGCGCGCCAUCAAUCCCGAGAACGGCUUCUUCGGCGUCGCUCCUGGCACCUCCUACUCCAGCAAUCCCAACGCCAUGAAGACCAUCUUUGAGAACACCAUCUUCACCAACGUCGCCUCCACCAGCGACGGCGGCGUCUUCUGGGAAGGUAUGGAAGAUGAGGUUGACUUCAGCCAAAUCAAGAUUACCGACUGGUUGGGCAAACCGUGGGUCAAGGGAGAAAGCAAGACACCCGCCGCUCAUCCCAACUCCAGAUUCUGUUCACCAGCGGAACAAUGUCCAAUCAUCGAUCCAGCCUGGGAAGCCCCAGAAGGAGUACCAAUCUCAGCCAUCCUCUUCGGAGGUCGCAGACCUGCAGGAGUCCCGCUAAUCUAUGAAGCCAGGGAUUGGCAGCACGGAGUCUUCGUCGGCAGCACCAUGAGGAGCGAGGCUACCGCCGCCGCUGAACACAAGGGCAAAGUCAUCAUGCACGAUCCCUUUGCUAUGCGUCCCUUCUUCGGUUACAACUUUGGACACUACCUGGACCAUUGGCUCAGCAUGAAGAACCGCUCUACCAACUUGCCAAAGAUCUUCCACGUGAACUGGUUCAGGAAAGACGUUGACGGCAAAUUCAUCUGGCCCGGUUUCGGCGAGAACUCCAGAGUUCUCGACUGGGUCCUCAGGAGAAUCGAGAACGAGGAUUGCGCCACCGAAACUGCUAUCGGUUUGAUUCCUAAGGAUGAUGCCUUGAACAUGCAAGGUUUGAAGGAGGAGAUCAACAUGAAGGAACUUUUCCACCUACCCAAGGACUUCUGGAUGGAGGAAUGCUUUGCCAUCGAGAAAUACUUCAAGGAGCAAAUCGGCAUGGAUUUACCGCAAGCCAUCGAUGAAGAAUUGAAGGGUCUCAAGAAACGUGUAAAUAAUAUGUAGAUUAUCCGUUUCUCUUCUACAUAUUUGUAUAUAUUUCAUAUCUAUAUUACGUUAUGCAACCAAAUGAACAAGCGCUAAUAAUAUUUUGAUCCUUAAAGUUUUCCAUAUUUAUAACGCUAAACAGUAUAAAUUUAUUUAAGUUAUAUGUGAUAUAUGUGUAUAGUUCUAUUUUAAUAAUAAAUUCAUUUAAAUAUAA